UGCGCAUAUAAAACAGGAUAAUAGUUUAUUUUACCUUUUUUGAAGUCUGUUUUACUUUUUUUAUACAUGAAAUGUUUUUGGUGGGAUGUCUUUUUCUAGGGUUUUAUCAGGAAAUAAAAUAAAUUAAAAAUUAAAUUGAUUUUUAUAACUCUUUGGUACUGAAAUUAGUAAUCAAUAAUAGAGUUAUCAAAAGAACUAAUCUGUCAGUGACUGACAACUGUCAGAAGAUCCCCGACCGUCGCGCGUUGCCCACCAUGUGGAAACCGAGUAAAUCGUAACACAAUGGAGAACGUAGUGGAAUCUGAGGAGUGUGCGUGUAGGAGCGGCGCCACGCUCGACGUGCUGAAGGAAGUGCAGCGAGCGUAUGAAGACCGGCUAGAGCUGGUGGAGAGGGUCGGCGGAGCGGAUAAAGUGCAGAUGCAGGCGCGAGUGUUACGGUCGUGGGUGAGCGACCUGGUAGCGCAGAACGCACUCCUGGUGCGCACAAGUCGGGCCGAGACCGAGCGGCGGCGGCACGCUGAGAGCUACAAUGGCACGGAUAGAAAGAACAAGAUACUUGAUUUGUCGUUGAUCAACGAAUCGCUACAAAACGACGUAGCAGUGAAAGACAGGGAAAUCAAAAGUCUGAAGAAGGACCUACAGCAGUGCGAACAGUCGAUGGCCAGGAUGAGGGACAAGGAAAGACCCAAUGUUCUCAUGAUAGAUGCCGAAGUAAUGGCUGGCAUGUGCUGCACGGGAGCCGAGUGCGGGGACCUGGUGCCGGUGCAGGACAUCGACGAGCUGCUGCGCGAGGAGGCCGGCAAGUACCGCGAGCGGAUACGGAACAUGGAGAUCAGCCUGCAGUCGAGCGGCGUGAAGCUGCGCGCCGUGCACAAGCUCAACCUCGGGCUGAUCGAGGAGCUGAGCUCGCUGCGGCGGCUGGUCGUGACCAUCGACGUGGAGCGCCGCGACGCCCGGGUCAAGCUCGACCUGCAGAGGACCAUCGUGAAGCAGAUGGUGCGACAGCUGCGCCAGGCCAAGGCUGAGUUGCAGAAGAAAGAGCUCGACUACUCCAUCAAGUCGGACUUCGUGAGCGGCGACAACUUCGGUCAGCCAGCGUCGCACGCGUCGCUCCCCGCGCCCUGCACCCGCCAGCCGCGGCCGCGGCGCCGCGACGUGCCUCCCCCUCCCCCUCCCCCUCCCCCUCCGCCUCCCUCUCCGCCGCCUCCCCCUCCCCCUCCGCCGCCGCCCGACCAGCUCGACUCCAGCGGCGACUUUCGCCACUUUCACGAGGACGCGUUGUCACAAAAGUCUAACUAG